AUGUAUUUCCCGAAUCACAGCCUUGUUGAACGCGCGUUUCUCUUUUUCCAGUGGGACUACAUUAUUAUCAAUCUUGUCAUUAUCACUCAUGGUGCUUACAUUUUCCAGUAUGCCAGCGGUGUUAGAGCCAGGUCGGCCGAUAGUUUCCAACGAUAUAUGAUGAAAGUAGUCGCCUUGGUUGUGAUUUUAGGCCCUGGUGCUGGUCUGGCAUUUGUUAUGGGGAGGACAAAGCCACGCCAUUGA